AGCUGUUGUGAAGGGCCGAUAAAUACGAUCCAGGUGGUGCUAAAACGUUGCAAUCUCAUCAAGCUUAAACAACUAUAUAAGCAUUGUGUAGAAUGAUUCCCAAGAUUGCUUGUCGUUUCUCCAAGCUUUCGAUAUUUGGGGCUCAAUAUUAACUACAUCAUGGGUAAACUUUUCAAUAUCUCGCUUGCGCUGUUUGUAUGUACUGGAUCAUUCCUAUUUGGAUAUGAUGCUGGUGUUAUGACGGAUGUCAUUGCCAGCAAAAAUUUCCUCGCCUUUUUCGAUACGACGAAGGAUUCGCCAAUCAUUGGUGCAGUCAACUCGACCUUCAAUGGCGGUGCGGUGUUUGGUGCCCUCCAAGGCGGCCUCACCAUGGACAGAUUCGGACGAAAAAUCACUAUUCUUAUGGGAUCUCUCAUUUGUCUCGUUGGAGCUAUCCUUCAAUGCACUGCUCAGAAUCUCUCCAUGAUUCUCGUUGGCCGAAUCCUCACCGGCUGGGCAGUCGGUCUGCUUUCAAUGGCUGUACCAGUAUACAAUUCAGAGUGCGCUGCACCGAAAAUUCGAGGAUUAAUUGUUGGUCUUUCGCAACAAAUGAUUGGCAUCGGCUUUAUCGUGUCCACAUGGGUCGGAUAUGGAUCUGGGACAGCUCCAGCAUCGAGCAGUAUUCAAUGGCGUCUUCCACUUGCAUUUCAAUGUUUGCCUUGCGCUAUUCUUGCUGCUGGAAUCAUGUUCAUGCCCGAAAGCCCCCGUCAUCUCAUGGAGACAGACCGCGAGGAGGAAGCACUUAGAGUUCUCCGCAAACUCCAUUUCACUGGUGCCAACGAAGAUGAAGUCAUGCAAGAAUUUCACGAAAUCAAGACGACCAUAGCUGCAGAGAAAGCCAUCACUGUACCAGGCUGGAGGAUCAUGUUUACUGUCAAGCAGUGGAGGACGAGGCUGUUUCAUGGUAUUGCUGUGCAGUGUUUCACGCAAUUCACAGGGAUCAAUGUUAUUGGAUACUACCAAACGACAAUGUACGACGCUCUGGGAAUAACAGGCAACAGAAAUUUGCUUGUUGCAGGUAUCUACAAUUGCAUGGGACCACUUGCCAAUCUUAUAUUCAUCGUCUUUUUGAUUGACCGUAUUGGUCGACGCAAGCCACUUCUCUGGGGAACUAUUGGCAUUACCAUUGCUCUUAUCUGCGAAGCAGUUGUCAAUAGUCAAAUCGACACCGAGAAUCCACAGAAGGGCCUUUCAAUUGCUGGAGUAUCUUUUUUGUUUUGUGUCACCGUCAUAUUCUCAUUUUCUUGGGGACCAAUCUCAUGGGUCUACAUGUCGGAAGUUAUGCCCAUGCAGAUCAGAGCUCGUGGAAAUGCAUUUGCAACGGGAAUUGGGAACUGGCUGGUGAGUGCUAGACAUGAAAUUGCAUCAAAAAGUACUGAUGGUGCGUUUAGGUAUCUACGUUCUGGGCCCAAGUCUCACCAACAGCCCUCAAGCAUCUGACCUGGAAGUUUUAUUUCCUAUUCGUCGCAUGGAAUAUCGUCGUCACCUUUCCCGUCGUCUUCUUCCUCUUCAAGGAAACAAAGCAAGUCAGUCUCGAAGAUAUAGACUUACUCUUCGGCGAGCGUGCACUUGGUACGUUACCAGAUGAUCUCAACAAGUCGAUCACGCAUGGUGCGGACACGGUUGAAGACGUUGCUGUUCCAAUGGAUGCAGAAAAAAGAGCGAAAGCCGAGCAAAGUCAAGCUGUUUGAUAUAACGAAAGACUUCGAGGUCAAUGAGAUACUGCUCGGUGGUCUCGGUAGCAUAGAAUUUUCUGGAAAUUUUCGACGGUGGCAGAGUGACCUACUGGAAUUACCCAUAUACUUGUUUGUUUCAGUAGCUGCGACUUUAGAAGGAGCGGCAGAGAGCCAUGAGAACUGUUCACACAUCGGUUCAGUUCAAUGACAAAUCUCCCGCACCGAACACGUACGUUUCCUUGCAUCUAGUGAGGUCAGGAGGUCCUGGUGGGCGGCCCAGCGGUGAUGUAGAAUCUCUUUGUCAACAUAUCGAGCCCAGUCCCAGAAUUGCAGAGCACACUUGGUCAGACAGAGUACGCAAGAAGGACAAGCCGAGAUCAGGACAGCUUCUUGCAUAUCCGAAUCAUUUCGCAUGCAAGUAAACAAAGCCAUUGAUUGAGUCACUGCCGAGUGCAACAUGCCGAUAAGCGAGCCUCAGAGUCUCCAGAAAAAUCUCCACUACAAAGAAAAAUCUGAAUAGAGCCCUCAAAGCGACAAAAAAAGAAGUCCGAAAGUUUCGAUUCUCAAAAUGCAAAGAUUCUAGGGGAAAAGUGGUUCAAAAGACAAAAAUGUAAAUCCAAUGAUAGCAAUUCCUAGUUUCGAUCUAGGGACCUCAGGGUUAUGAGCCCCGCGCGCUUCCUCUGCGCCAAAUUGCUUUGUCGAUGAGGACUUACAACAUCAAUUUCUUUGCUGAAUUGAAAUAUUUAUGCUUAGUUCGCUAGAAAUACCACAGAAUAAAGAAGAACGCUAUGAUGUAAUAGAGUGCUGGUUGUGAGUCACAAAGAAUUCAAGCGAACUGGGUGUGCGACUCACUGCCCCACAAAGAUAUGAAAACGGCAGUUUAUCGGAUUUUUGGGCCUGUUAAGUCAUGAAUUUUAUAUUAUUUGCCAGUCGGGCUGUAAAUAAUCGAAUUCAUAUUCGUAUCAAAGUGCGGAGAAUAUAUUUGGAAAUUGAUCUGAGUUCUAUUCCGAAAAAGUCUGCGGUAAGCGAGACAAAAAGGUGGCGGGGUAAACAUAGAUAGUUUUCGUAUUGCGAAGUUUAGAUGGUACAGUGUUUAAGGAGGCAAGAACGAACGCAAUCACUUGGUGGUGCAUG